GCCGCGAUGGCGGAGGCCCCCUUGGCGUGGACUCGGGCAAUGCUGGCGAUGGCGCAGCUCGCGUGGCAGAUGCGACGCCAGGACUCGCGGCGUCGAUUGCCGCCCCUGCCUCGUGGGACCCAGCAGUCCCUACUGCCGGGGAGAUGGAGUACACCAACGUGCUGAAGGAUCUGGUCGGCACCGACGACGGCAUCGAUGCCAACGUCAAUCACGACAAGCAGGACUCCAUCGUGGAUGCAUUCGCCAAUGCGAUCACAGAGAAUAAGUUCGACCUGCGCGGCCCCGUCGGAUCCAAGUGGCACACGGCCAAGGCGAAGGACAAGCAGAUGGCGGCUGACUACGAAGCGCUCAAGGCGAAAGGGCGCACCUUCAAGAGCAUGAAGGAGGAGAGGUCCAAGACGACCGGGCUCGCGGAGAUGGGCGAGAUGGGCGGCGCGCGCAUGCCCUUCUCGGUCAUCGUUCGGGAAGAGGGGUGCGAUGGCCCCGCCCUGCAGGCGGCGAUGAACUACGUGGCGGAGUGCGUGAGACACUACAGGGUUGGCAAGGGCAUCCAGACUCGUUCGUUCUUGUCCUACAACAGCUGGACGAAAUGGGUGGAGUUCUUGCGCAUCAAGAAACGGUUUGGGCAGACCUUCGCCAAGAAGUGGGCGGAGAAGAUUGUUGAGGCUGAUCCGUCUCGCGAGGCGGAGGUGCUCGCGGUCGUGGGCGCUGAGUCCGAGGUCGGCGCGAUCCCGUCUAGGGUUGCCCAGCUCGCCAAGCAGGGCCAGGGGCAGAAGGGCGGUGGGACUGCGUCGGCGACAGUGGCCGCUGCCGGCAGCGGUGCAAGCACUGCCGCGGCCGAAGGCGUGACCGUCACGGGGGUCGCGACCACCGCGGCGCCGAAGGACAAUUCGGAGAAGCGCCAGGGCGGCGGCAAAGGCGAGAGCGGCAAGAGCGACAAUAAUCCGAAGCUGUCUGAGAAGGAUGGCGAGGGACCUGGCGUUGAUGGUGAGGGCCAGCCUGCCAAGGGCGAAGUUGCAGAGAAUCUGAAGCAGUUGAAGCCGCUGAAGGACAGGCUCGGCCAGGCCACAUCCCGUUGCACAGACUUCCUGCGGGCCGCGACGGAGAACCCCAAGUACGAGUGGGCGAACAGCGAGUUCCAGCUCAAGCAGUUGCGGAGCGCCCGCGCGAAGCUCGACUCGAUAGAAGCCAGCUCCGCCUUCUGGAACGACUGGGUCAUGGACGACGACUUCCUCAAGUGGUUUUGGAAGGCCUACGCCAAGUCGACCAUCGAGGUCGAGCUCGGGAGAAAGGGGGCCACGGCCGCGGCGGUCAAGGCAUUGGAGCAUGAAGUGUCGACGCUGAACGAUAUGCACAAUGCCCGCAUGAAGCGGGAGGAGGCUGCAUCGAGGGACUGA